CACUCGCAACAAGCUUCUGCGGGUGGCGGCGGCCAAAUCUACCCCGUUUCUUCAAACACAGCGACCGUUUUGGAGAUUGGGUUCUCAAAAAUCUCCAGCAUAUUAGCAAAGGAUAUAUAGGUCUUUUUAACAAAUUUUCCUUUCCUAUUUGGCUCUACUCUGUAUGUACGCGACCUCUCUGCCUCCUCAGUGCUCUGCUUUGUCCGCUGGUACUCGUAGGCUGUGGAACUUCCAGGAUCUUUGAGAAGAUCAUUUGAUUUUGGGUGUUAAUGGAAGCCAAAUUCUUUCGGUUUCUUAAGAUAGUGGGUGUUGGGUACAAAGCCAGAGCUGAGGCUGAAGGAAGGCUGUUGUAUCUGAAACUGGGAUACAGUCAUGAGGUUGAGCUGACAGUCCCUCCUGCAGUUCGAGCUUUUUGCUUCAAGAACAAUGUAAUUUGCUGCACUGGCAUUGAUAAACAGCGAGUUAACCAGUUUGCCGCUGCUGUUCGGAGUUGUAAGCCUCCCGAGGUUUACAAAGGCAAAGGUAUAAUGUAUAUUGAUGAAGUUAUUAAGAAGAAACAAGGAAAGAAGUCGAAAUGAGUGCUAGAUGUACAAGUACUCAUUUUGGCUUAGCUAGACAUGGUAAUUGGGAAUUGGGAGUUGAGUAUGCUUCUCUUUUUAUGAGGAUAAGUUUGGUUUUAUUUCUUGGUUCCAAUUGGAAAAUUCUUGUGAAGUUAUUGUUAUGCAUUUGUCUUAAUCAGGCUCAAGCUUUUUUUCUUUCUGUUGAAGUGAAAAUGAUUGUUUUUA